ACUGCGCAUGAGUAGUUAUACGUCAACACAGUAACUUCCGGAACUUCACGAGUGGAAUAUAUUUUGACGUGAUGAUGGAAUAGAAGUCUUAUUUGCGUCUUAUUAUGCUUCAAUAAUGACACGUGUGGAAUAGAUUAAGCCAACAUCUAAGAACGUAAACUAAAUUAAACAUGGCGACGCCGACUGGAGCAGAAGGAGGUACCACGCCCCCCGGGGGAGCAGAUUCAGCGGACACAGAUGCAGGGACAUUUUACGAGUGCAACAUUUGUCUGGACACAGCACGCGAUCCGGUUGUCAGCAUGUGUGGACAUUUGUUUUGCUGGCCCUGUCUCCACCAAUGGUUGGAGACUCGCCCACAGAAACAGAUGUGUCCAGUGUGUAAAGCCGGCAUUGGCAAGGACAAAGUAAUACCAGUAUAUGGCAGGGGCUCCAAUAACCAGCAGGACCCAAGAGAAAAACUGCCACCUCGACCAGCAGGUCAAAGAUCUGAACCAGAAAAUCAAGGAGGGGGAUUUCCAGGUUUUGGGUUCGGAGAUGGAGGAUUCCAUAUGUCAUUUGGAAUUGGUGCUUUCCCCUUCGGAAUUUUUGCCUCAACGUUUAAUUUCAAUGAUGGACGUCCGGGUCCAGCUCCCCCUGGAUCACCACAGAAUCGUGAGGAACAGUUUCUGUCUAAAGUAUUUUUAUGGGUAGCUAUCCUCUUCAUUUUCUAUUUACUCAUUGCAUAGUCGACCCCAUCAAACACAUCAUCAAGUACCUGACCAAUUGUCAAGCUGAUAUCUGUCUAAUAAAGUGUUAACAGAAAGUGUUUGAACACUCUACCACUGAGCUACAGGAAAAUUCCCUGAAGCGCGAAGCUAGAAGAUGACCGUAAUCCUAUGUACAAUUAAAAUCUGCCACAAAGAUUACAGAGUAGCUACACCUAACUUUAAAGAAGUCGAUUUUACUGUUGCGCUGUCGCAUAAUUUUUGUUAUCUUUUUAAAUCUAGUGUACAGGUAUCAACCUUAAGAUGUCACAUAAAGAGCCUUUGAUUUCUGGUGACAUAUUCCAAGGGCCUGUUCGUUUAUAAAAAGCGGUAUGACAGUUUAUAAAUGUAAGAAUUCCGGGUAUAAAUUCUGGCGGACCUGCAAAUGUUUAUGCAGGCCUUGCAAGGCUUUGUCAAGGCUCGCCUGAAAGCAGCAUCAGAUUACUAGGUCCGAUCUUAUUUAAUAAACAAACAACUGUGGUCCGACCGGUUUGGCCGUUUAAACAAAAAACGGCCCAAGUGUGAAGAGAAGAUAUGUGUAUCGAAAGACAAACCCUUCAGUAUGGAGAUCAGUGUUGGUAUGUUUUCUUGACUACCCAAAGUUGGUGGGUGCCAACAGAAAACAUGAAAUCCUGGAUUGGUAUCCAUUUGUCGUUUUGUGGUGUCAGUGGUGCUGACAGAUUAUGUCUGUUGCAAGUCCUAAACAUUUAUCAUAUAAAACCCAUUUAGAGUAGAUCUCAUUUUGUGUUCGUCAGAUACUCAGAAAUCGGAAAAAUGUGUUGAGGGUGUGUCCUACCUAUGUUGUUGUACCAGUAGGCACAAAAUCUGUGGUCGUGUUGUUCAAAACUUGAAUCAGCUAGACAGAUGUUAAUAGAAAAAAUCAUUGAAAUUUAUAGCUAAAACUGGUAUAUAUACUGAGGAAUGCCACAAUGAUCUGAUAGUGAAUUAAUAAGCUGCAAAUGUAAUGGUAAAAUUUAAGGUAUUUUGGAAAAAAAUGCAAGUUUGAUUUACUUUACCCUUUCACCAAUGUAGACCAUAAUGGACUCAUCCAGAUCAACUUCUGAAAAAGCUGACUUAAGUCAUGUGCAACGUAGCUGAUUGGUUGGGUGUUUUUUCUUUUUCAUUUUUUCUCCUUUAUGAUUUCUUAAUCGACCUACU